AUGUCAGCCGAUAUGUACAAGCGUAAUGAUGGCCCGAGAGUAAUUCGUAAGGUUCGUGACUCCCCAGCUAUCGAUCGGCGACCUUCUCAUAACUCUUUCAUACCUUUCUGCCGGGCUUAUACUAUCUUGUUCUUAAUCCUUCCUCGUCUACCGCUAAGCAGUGUGAGGCUUCCGUCUGUUGAGCUUAAUCUACUCUUCUCAUUCCUGUAUCAAUUGCUUUUUUCUCGACCAAUCCAAUCCUCUCCGGUCAAAGGCCUCCUUUAUUCAUCUUUUCCAGAUCUUCCUAGGUCGCCUUGUAGGUCUUCUGCCUCCUACCUGCAUCUCAUAGGCGAGCCUCGCUAAUCUGCAUCCAAGAGACGUAUCCGAACUACCGUAACUGGUGUUCUUCUAUUUUUUCCUUUGCUUUCUGCAGACCCAGGUUGGACAGUGGUCUCCCUCACUCGGUCUCUUCUCGUCUUGCCUUCGACCGUCUUGCUUGUAGUUGGCUACUAUGUUUUCUUCUUAUAUUUAUCUAAUACCAACAUAUAUAACACGUAUAACCAGCUUGUAACCAGGCUUCGUUCACAAAUAUUUAAUUUCCACCAUUUAAAUUUAGUUUAUGCUAGACAAGUCUCAGCUUAAUGACAGUUACAUUGCAUAGUUUUUCCAACCCAUACUUAUUCAGUUUUUUGGCCAUUUUCAUAAUUCAAUUAUUAGAGGUCAAUAAAUGAUUGA